AAGAUAUUUGGAUGCCUCUCAGUAAUAAAGUGGCUUUCAUUACGUUUAAAUCCAUCUUCGAUUAGAAAUUAGAUUUUCAUCAAAACUUAUUUAUUUUUCUGUUGGAUAUCAUUCGCGGUUGUGAUCGGAUUUGUGAUUAAUGUUUUUAAAAAAAUUGUGAAAAUGGAAAACAUUUUGUGGAACUGAAAAAAUUCUUGCAAGGACAGUUUUAUGUGCAACAAAUAAAAGAAUUAGAAGGAAAAAUAAUUUUUCGCGAAUCACCCAGACAUAGUCUAUUUUUAAUUACCGCAAUUUUGUGUUCCUCGCAUUACAAUUUGUAAAUUUUGUGAAAGUGAAAGAUUAAGCUAAGUCAAGUUACAUAGAAUAUGAGUCAAUUGUAUCAUGAAUUUGGUGUUACAUUGGAGCGGAAGGGACCUGACACACAUUGGGGAAUAAGACUUGCCGGUGGUAGUGACUUAAAUUCCCCAUUAAUUAUUAUUCGGGUCCAUCCAAAUAGUCCAGCAGAAAGAGAAUUGUUGCGUGGUGAUAUAAUAACAAAAGUUGAAGACUAUGAUGCACGAGACUUGCGACACGAAGAUGCACAGAUGCUGUUUAGAACACAAGACAAUAAAAUUCGUUUGGUUGUGAGACGUGAUAACAAAAUUGCAAUGAAUUCGAGUAAAAAUAAUCCAAUAUCGUCAUUGAAUCCACCGGAUGUGCAGCCAUCCUAUAUUCCUCCUCAGGCUCCUUACAGAGCCGCAUCGCCGAUUCCUCGUGGUCCACAUAGCAUGGCAGCAGCUUGUGCAUCUCCACUUGAAUCACUUCCACACACUGUUUUUCCUAAUGAUCCACAUAAUUAUCAUCAUCAACAACAAUCCUAUCAAAAUCAACAAUAUCAACAGCAACAACAACAACAACAAAAUCAAGCACAGCAUGUCAAUUACCCACCACCUCCACCGCCAAGAACUUGCUUCAGUCCUCAAUUGACAAGAGAUUACUAUCAAACUAGCGAAGAAGAAAAUGCCAAUCUUCAAUAUCAAGUGAGUAAUUUUGUUUAUGCGAAAUUUAAUUUUAAAACAGCUUUUUUUUUCUUGCUGCGUGUCAAUCACUUUCACUAA